AUGGCAGCCGCAACGCGAAGCAUCCUAGCCUUUGGCGCGACAGGCAACAUCGGCAAAUUCAUCAUAAACGAGCUUUCCAAGGCCCACCAAGCCGGCACUUUCUCACGUCUCGCCAUCUUCACAUCCCAAUCCACAGUCGACAACAAGUCCACCAUUAUCAACGACCUCAAGUCUCGCGGCGUCGAGGUCUUCGUCGGUGACAUUGCCAACAAGGACACCCUGAGGUCUGUCAUCAGCGGCCAAGCCAAGGCCCUGAAUUCCGGCAAAUCUGACGCUGCAUUCGACACCAUAGUCUCUGCCGCCGGUCGCCCUGCCAUCCUCAGCCAGAUCCCCAUCCUCGAGGUUGCGGAACAAGUUGAGACUGUCAAGCGUUUCUACCCAUCAGAGUUCGGCACGGACAUCGAGCAUCCAGUCACCAAUGACAAAGAGCCACCGCAUCAGCUGAAACUAAAGGUUAGGGCCUAUGUCCGGGAGAACAUCAAGCGCUUGAGUGUCACCUAUCUGGUCACCGGACCCUACCCGGAAUUCUGGUUCAGACAAACGCCACCGUACCCAUGGACGGGCGGUUUCGAUGUCAAAGCCAAGAAGGCCGUGUUACUUUAUGACGGAAAGAGCGAGAUUGCGUUUACUUCAAUGCCAGACGUGGGCAAGCUAUUAGUUGCAUCGGUCCUUCACCCGGAAGAAUCACACAAUCGUGCUCUGAAGGUUUGCUCCUUCACAACUACGCCACUUGACGUGCUCGCCGAGUUUGAGAAGCAGACAGGCGGCGAAAAGUGGCAGGUCGAGUUCACUAAUCGGGAUACACUUCUGAAGAAGGAGAAGGAAGCGUACGAGGUAGGCAUACCGCAGGGGACAGGUCACACACUGCGGAAGAUCUGGGCAGAUGGAGGGACGAUGUACCCGGAAACUGGCCACGAUAAUGAGAGGAUCGGUGUGAAGGAGAAGGAUAUGGAGAGUCUGGAAACCUUGGUCGCAAGAGCGAUCGCGGAGCAGACGGGUAAUGAGGGGAAGCUGUGA